UCUGUUUAGUUUUGAUUUAAUGUUAAUACUUAAAAGCUAUUGCAAUUCAAUAUAUUUAUAUUCUAGCAAUGCUCUCCCACAUAUUUUGCUAUUAUAACUGCACUUAUUUCCGUCGUUGGUAUAGGUUGCAGAAGGGUGAUAAUUGACCAGAAGUACACAGUUUUAUAAUAUCUUGCUGUUAACAUUUCUCAGUCAUUUUGGCGUUCCUACAGACUGAACCACUGUAGUGAAUCCACCCUUACACUGUAAUCCAGAAAUCUUGCCCAGAAGAGUUAUACACUGGCCCGGACCUUAAAGCUUAUCUGAAAGGAUUCAAUUUUACAGUUUCUUUUGCAAUCCAAAUUUGAUCAAUCGCAAUGACCACUUUGACUGGAGAAGACUUUGACUUCACCUUCCUGGAGGAAGGUUUCUGUGCACGAGAUAUAGUGGAACAAAAGAUCAAUGAAUCAUCAUUAUCUGAUGAUAAAGAUGCCUUCUACGUGGCAGACCUGGGCGACGUUUUGAAGAAGCAUCUGCGGUGGGCACGCAUCUUGCCCCGCGUCAUGGCGUUUUACGCAGUGAAGUGCAAUGAAAGCAGGAAUGUCAUCACCACUUUGGCGUCUCUGGGAGCUGGAUUCGACUGCGCAAGCAAGACGGAGAUUCAGCUAGUUCAGUCUGUGGGUGUGGAGCCAAGCAGGAUCAUCUACGCUAACCCCUGUAAGCAAGUAUCUCAUAUUAAAUACGCCUCUGCCCAUGGGGUGCAAAUGAUGACCUUUGACAGUGAAGUAGAGCUCAUGAAGGUGGCACAAUGCCAUGACAAUGCCAAACUGGUUCUCCGUAUCGCCACUGAUGACUCAAAGGCCAUGUGCAUGUUAAGCAUGAAGUUUGGAGCCACGUUAAAGACCAGCCGGCUGUUGCUGGAAAGGGCCAAGGAGUUGGGGUUAGAUGUGAUCGGAGUGAGUUUCCACGUGGGCAGCGGCUGUACUGAUCCUGAGACGUACAGUCAGGCCAUCUCUGAUGCACGCUAUGUCUUUGACAUGGGGGCGGAGCUGGGAUACAACAUGAAGCUGCUGGAUAUCGGUGGAGGUUUUCCAGGCUCUAAAGACAUCAAACUGAAGUUUGAAGAGAUUGCUGCUGUGGUAAAUUCUGCACUGGAUAAAUACUUCCCUGCUGACUGCGGUGUGAGGGUCAUCGCUGAACCUGGACGCUACUACGUGGCGUCUGCGUACACGCUGGCAGUCAACAUUAUUGCCAAAAAGGUCAUCAUGAAGGAGCAGUCAGCCUCUGAUGAAGAAGAUGAUUGGGCCAAUGACAGAACCUUGAUGUAUUACGUGAACGAUGGCAUCUUUGGUUCCUUCAGCUUUGCUCGGUUCUUUCCUGUCUUGCCAACAUUGCACAAGAAACCCAAGCCUGACAAACGCAUGUACCAAUGCAGUAUUUGGGGUCCGACGUGUUGUGGUCUAGACUGGAUGGUGGAGCAGUGCGGCCUGCCAGACAUGCAGGUGGGCGACUGGCUGUUGUUUGAGAAUAUGGGGGCCUACACCGUGGCCGCAUCUUCCACCUUCAAUGGCUUCAAAAAACCUGAUAUUCAUUACAUCAUGUCCCGAACAGCCUGGCAGUGCAUGCAGCAGAUCUGUGAGCAGGGAUUGGCCGCUCAUACUGAGGAGCAGUGCACUCACUUUUAAAACAAAAUGCAGCAUGAAGUUAAAACAACUUGGUUUUGCAAGGCAAUUCAAUAUACUAUUUUAAAUCAUUACUCCAAAAAAAAAUCCAGAUAAUUUACUCACCUCCAUGUCA